AUGCGUGGGCUGUGUCUCCCCGCGUGCGCGCUCCCGAGCGCGCGCGUCACGCGAACGAACGCGAAGUCCAAGGCGAAGCGCGCGCUCGAGAGCGUCGCCUCGCCCACGAUCGUGGUCAAGGAUGGGAACGACCGAGAAUCGACGAUGAAGGGACUGACGGCGACGCGCCGGGCGGUGAUCGAGGACUUGUCCUCGUUCGCCUCCGGUGAGCUCAGUGGGUUGCUGAAGGAUCCGGAGAAGAAUUGGCAGCCGCAGGAUUUUUUGCCCGAUCCGGAGUCGACGGAUUUCUUGGAUCAGGUUGCGGAGCUUCGCGCGCGCGCGGCGAACAUUCCGGACGAUCUCUUGGUGGUGCUCGUCGGCGACAUGAUCACCGAGGAGGCUCUCCCGACGUACAUGAACAUGCUGAACACGCUUGAGGGUACGGCGGAUAACUCUGGCGCCGAUGACCACCCGUGGGCGGUGUGGACGCGCAAGUGGACCGCCGAGGAGAACCGUCACGGCGAUCUCAUGAACAAGUACUUGUGGUGCUCUGGCAAGGUGAACAUGAAGGCGGUCGAGACGACGAUCCAGAAGCUCAUCGGAAGCGGCAUGAACCCGAAGACGGAGAACAACCCGUACCUUGGCUUCGUGUACACGUCCUUUCAAGAGCGUGCGACGAAGAUUUCUCACGGGAACACGGCGCGCCUAGCCAAGGAGGCGGGCGAUCCGGACUUUGCGAAGAUGUGCGGCAUCAUCGCCGCCGAUGAAGGUCGCCACGAGAUCGCGUACCAACGAAUCAUCGAUGAGGUCAUCGCACGCGACCCGAACGGUGCCGUCCUCGCGUACGCGGAUAUGAUGGAGAAGCAAAUCACCAUGCCAGCGCACAUGAUGUGCGACGGUGUGCACAAGAAGCGCACGGGCCGCGAUUUGUUCGAUGAUUUCGCCUCUGUCGCCGAGCGCUCGGGCGUUUACACCGGUCACGAUUAUGCCGAUAUCAUGGAUCACUUGAACAAGCGUUGGGACAUUGCCAACAUCACGGGUUUGAAUGGCGAAGCGGCCGCGGCUCAAGAGUACCUCAUGAAGCAACCGGCGCGCAUCCGCAAGCUCGUGGCUUUCGCGGAAAAGAGGGCGGCGAAGAAGGAACCCGUCAAGGAAACGUUCUCUUGGAUCAAUGAUCGACCCGUCGAAAUUGUCGUUCGUUAA